AACAAUAAAACCUUACAAUAGUAAACAAAAAUAAGCAACGAUAAUAAAUAUUUUUGUAGAAAGUGCAAUAGGGAUUUCGAAAUAAUCACCGAAUACGAGAAAUGAAUAAUACGUGACAACAACAACAAGCCAGCGUUAAAAACAAAAUAACAAUAUAAAUAGUAUAGCUGAAAUGCUAAAAAUGCUGAAACAAAAAGACAUUUCAAAACAAAAGUAGCAGAAAUAGAAAAAAAAGCGUUGAACAGAAUAGUCGUAGAACAUAAAUUUCUAGGGCUUCCGCAGCGAACUUCUAAAGUUCAGAACAUGCCAACACAAUCCCCUAAUUUAGUCUAGUUGGUGACAUCGUCGUUGGGACAUACAGCAGACUAAAAUCGUAACAACGUACAAAACAUGCCAGCAUAACGGUUUGCAUGGACAUAUUUCAUUGUGUGCGUUGUGGAAAAUAUUUUAUUUAAAUACACUUUGGUUAACCAAAUGUUAUUGAACUAUGAUAUUUCGGUUAUUAAAAUUAUAAAAAAUCGUAAUGUGAAAGAUAUUGAGUAAAUUUUUUAAAAUCAUGAAGAAAUGUCCACUUAAAUGCAUUAUAACAUAUAUAUUUUUGUAAAAAGAAGUGAAUUUUAUAUACAUAUUUAAUUAUGUAGAUCGGAAAUAUAUGCUAUGACUAGAAGAUAUGAAAAAAUGUGAACGUGCAGGUGUAUAUAUCUUAAGGUUUCCUUAUAAAAGUGGUUAGACAAUAAUGAAUAUGAAACACAGCUCGUCAAGACACCAAUAAAUCGUUAAAUUCUCUUAUGGAGAAAAGCACAAUGAAGCGAAAACAGAGGCGAUACAGAACCACAUUCAACUCAUUGCAGUUGCUAGAGCUAGAGCGCGCCUUCCAGCGUACCCACUACCCGGACGUCUUCUUUCGCGAGGAAUUAGCGGUGCGCAUCGAUCUAACAGAGGCGCGUGUACAAGUUUGGUUUCAGAAUAGGCGCGCCAAGUGGCGCAAGCAGGAGAAAGUCGGCAACGAUGCGCCGGGUGUUAAUCUGCCAGACACCGAAGAUGGUCUGGGCACACAAACUACGUAUGCGGAUGAAAAUGCUAUCGCACAGCUGGACAACUCCUUAGGCACCACACUGUUACCAGACACACCGCCCCAGUCCGCAAAUUCGUUGGAUAAUGAGCCGAAGGCACCGUUUAGUGUUGGCUGCUUAUCACCGUCUCGAAUGUCACCAAAUAUAUUUCUCAAUCUCAAUAUCGAUCAACUGGAACGUGGCGGCGGCGUCUCCAUGGAGUGGUCAACUUAUCCGCCCACGAGUACAAUGUCCAGCAUGUCGCAUACGCUGACGCAAUCGAACACGCCACCUCCCUUAAUUAUGACCAAUAAUAACAACAAUAACAGCAAUAUAGCGGAUCCGCAAAGCAGCCAUCUCAAUCACAAUACCAGCAUAAGUAAUCAUGUGAGCCUGCUUAGCGGCGGUCUUAACACCUCACUAGAUCUGGAUGCAACAACAAAUUCGACUUAUGAUGAAAUGAAAUUUCUUAACGUCGAUCAAUUUACAAUUGAUAACUUCAAAGCCGAAUGCAUUCUCAACUUGGACCAUGCGCUAACAUUGGAUGAUAAGCCGACACUGGAUCAUCUGGGACAUGGGCUGUCAUUUGAAACCGGUCAGACGGUGGAUGGCUGUGGUGUGGUCAUACAUCACUCGCUGGACCAAAUACACCAUCAGCAACAUCAACAGCAACAAAACGAUGAUCAAAUGCAACUGUUGCACCAUCAGCAACAACAACAUGAUGCGCUCCAUCAUAAUCAGCUGCAUCAAAUGCAACAACAACAUCAUCACCAUCAUCUACAACACUCAGGUCUAUCACAUCUUAUGCACAGCUCCAGUCAACUGCAUAACUCUCAGCACCCGAGUGCGUUGAGCUUAGAUUUGCCCUCGUUUAGCUUAUGUGGCGACGACGAUCAAACCAAAUCGCCCCCCUCUUUGCUGUCGCUAGACAAGCCUCUAUCACUGAACAUCAGCGUGGACGGCAUUGGUGAUCUGGUAGAUGAUAAGUUUUAAAGUACGAAGUAAUGUUCUCAGAUUUGAGUGAAUCAAAAAUUUUAUCGAGGUUAUCAUUGAAAAAUCGAGGUAGUACGCAAUUCAUCGAAUCUACAAAUUGGUUACAGCUUUUCUGAAAUUUUUCGAUCCGUGAUAAAAUUUCGAAAACUCAUUUCUUCAAUGCAGCUUCAAAGUUGGCAGCCUCUCAACUUUAUAUAAAAGUCACAAGCCAUAGAAAGCUCUCAAUUACCAUAGUUAGGCUCUCAUUCAUCGAUUCAUGACAUAUCUUCGCAGAGGUCGUAACAAUAAACUCUUCAGCAAAGCGUCAAAUAUGCAAUUUGCUUGUAUAUUCACACCGAGUGCACACAAACCCAAAUACGCUCAUGAGAGUUGACUAGUUCUGUUCUAUUCAGCUUACUAAUGCAGUAUCCAAAAUAUUUUCCAAUCAAUAUAUAUAAAGCAAGUGCAGAGCUAACCCACCUCUAACGGCAUCUUUCCUCUCCGAACCUGUUUGAAAAGUAUUUUUCUUGGAUGUACCGUUAGAUAAUGCGAAAGAGAGUUAGAGGUCUGGAGUACCAUAACUGAAGUACUCAUCUGUAUCUGCUACUCAAAAUGAGGUGCUUGAGGAAUUACUCUCUUAUAAUUCUCUCCGAGUGAGUUCAUUUAUGGUCAUAGGCAAAAAUAGAUUUAACUAAUCUCACAGGACUAGAUAUGUAAUUUGUAUUAGAGUAAAUUGUUCUUACUGAAUUCAGGGGGUUAACGGUGUUUAUGUAAAAUGUAAAUAUCAAUUCCAGAUCAAAUUGUUGAAUGGUUGUAUAAAAGUAUGAAAGUGUGUUAGUCAAAUUCAUUGUUAAUGCUUUUAUAAUCGUUUAUAUUUUAUUUUUUUUAUAAUCUUUUAAUUUUACUAUUCUUAAGCUAAUUAACUUUUAAUUACCUUAAACUUAGGAAAUAACGCUUUCUUAGUCUAAAGUCUAAAUAAAUUCAUCUAGUUAAAAAAAAACAUUGUACUAGAAAAAUUAAUUAAUCCUUAUAAAUAAUAAUUAAGUAAUAAUAUAAAAAAUUAUGUUUAUGUUAAUAAAUUAUAGCAAAUAUAAUAAAAUAUAUGAAAAUGGAGGUAGUGCUUAUUCAAUUGGCUAACCAAAAGGCUAACUAUAAUUUUUAAGCCCGCUAAAAAUACAGCUGUGUCUUCUGAUUUCAUACCUCAGAGUUAUAGCAUGUUGGAUGCUAUAUGCUUCAGACUACUGGCGAGUCCAUUUGAUUUACCCAGUGUCGUAUAUAUAAUGGACUGGCCAUCUCCGGACCAAGGAUUGUAUCAUGUAUCCACAUGUACGGUUUUAGUAAUUCGGCAUUACGAACCAAUGUUACACAACGUUCACUGACGCCUUAAACAUUUUCGAUCUGAAAAC